UCUUCUUCUUCUCCCCAUUGCAGCCCACCCGAAAGAAGAAAAAAAAAAAAGGGAACCCAGCCAUGCCUUGGAAAACCGGUAAGGAGGCUUGAUGUUAUCCUUCUUUUCUUGUCUAAGAACAAGAUUUAGGAGCUUAGAAACCUUCUCCCCCUGCUGGAAAUUCUAGAUCUGCUCUGCUCUGUCUUCCCCUGUCCGUGAGCUGCAGCUUGUGGGUGUGAUUUCUGGGCAUUUUUCCGGUAAGCCACAGCCAUGAACUCCAUCUUUUCAGCUUGAUUUAGCUUGGGUUCAUGUUAAAUCUGUUGUUUCUCUAGAUUUUUGGGUAGAUUUCCCGAAUUUCCCCCUAAAUUUCCUUGCACUGCCGCCGGCUUCCCCAAUCUGCAGCUCCGGUUCCUUGCUUGCAAAUUCUGGAAGUGAAGUCAAGGACGAGGAAAAACGAGGGAAGUGACGAGUUAGAAGGCUAGCUAUUUCGAGAUUGAUAUAGAUUUUAGAAACAAAUCACGCUUUUGUAAGAUAGAUUUUACCUUAAAUUUAUGAGAUCAAAACAGAUUUCGGUCAUUAGAUCAAUUACUUGGAUUUAAGUUAUUGGAUUGUCAGAUGUGAAUUGGAUAAGUUCCGAACCUUAUGCAUUUAUGGGACCUUCUCACGAGUGCACGGCGUUUGCCACGUCUUUGCAUUUGGGUUCUAGGGCGUGACAUGACAUUUUAACUACACACUUAAAUGAACCAAUUAGUCACUUAAAUAUGUUUUGUAAUCAUCAAAAUCAUAGGUACAACAUGAAUGGCACCUUAAUGGACCCAUUAAGGGACUUUAGUGAGAUCGUGAAUGACUCUUUAAUGGUGAGAAGUUACAACAUGGAAGAAAUUGAAUGUGAAGGGGAAAGGGAAGGGGAAGCCAUUUCGCGUUUCUGCUCUUCUCUUUCUUCCCCCUGCAGCCGAACAAGAAGCAAGCCCGACAGCACCCAUCCCUUGAGAAAACCGUUUCUCUUCCUCCCCUGUCCGCCGGCUGCUAUGUGCGUGUGUGAUUUUUGGGCAUUUUUCCGAAAUUGCCGCCGGCUUCUUCUCCUUGCCAGCUCCGGUUUGCUUGCUGGAAUUCUGGGGCUGUUAUGGCUUAAAGCACUGGGAUUGAGUCCUCAAUUUAUGCGAGUGAAUUUCUAUGUUAUGCGAUUGAGAAAGCGAAGUCAAGGACGGGGAAAAACGAGGGAAGUGACGAGUUAGAAGGCUAGCCAUCUUGUAAAUUGAGCAUAGAUUUAGAUAUAAAUCAUGAUCUUGUAAACUAGAUUUUAUUUGAAGAUUUUAUGAUAUUAGAACAAAUUUUAAAAUUUUAU